AUGCUUGUAUUCACAGAGACCUUCCAUCCAAAUACAGUUCAUACUGUCCUGGCCGUAUCAUUUUGCGUCAGUGUGUGUACAUGUCUGGGUCUUCUGGCUCAUGCUCUUGUGUACAAGCGAAAGACUCUCUCUCGAUAUGCCUACCGGUCAUCGCCUCCUCCAGAGCCAGUAAAGAAGACUGCCCCUGCAGAUUAUACAAAAGUUUAUCCUCCGUCUCAGCGAUACGUUCUCUUUGAGAUCUUGCCAGAUUUGAGAGCCGAUAAUGUAGAUCUUUCUGUGACCCCAAGGCCCCUUCUGAGGCUGGAUGAGAACUAUCGCCAUGCGGACUCAAAGUUAUUCAACUUUACUGGCUUCAGUGUGGAUGAGAUUCGGCGUCUCGGUGACUUCCCCGAUUACUCCAAGUUGUCUGGUGUUCCUCUUCCCGACCCUCUGAAGAAUUUCAAUAUCAACACGGCUGUCCCAAGGCCUUAUCGCCCGUUUCGAUGGGCUUAUCAUCAAACUAUGUCUCUCAAGAAGCUAGAUCCAGACUUCUGGCUGGAGAUCGAAAGCACAUACUGUGACAGGAUCGCUCAACGAAAGGCACUCUACGCCAAUCAUGGCACACAUGUUCUACAGGCUCUUCCAGGUUCUGAACUAGCCUGCAAGGAACUGAUGGAGAUGGCGAUCCAAUUUCUCUGCGCACGAUAUCCCCAGUCGUUCGAGCUGCAUGGCAAGAUCUUUGUCAACCACAUCCUUGGCGAAAAGCAGGAUCUUGAUCAGAUUGAGCCCCUGCGCUUCCUUCUGAACCACGUCCCUGAAGACUUUGCACUAACCCUACGAGACCCUGCCACAGGGCGCUAUUGCUUCCGAGCAGGCGUCAUUUGCUCGUCUGUUGGCUGGAAGCUAAGUGAGAAGAUCGGGCUGGGAUUGCCAGAGAUUCACGCCCACGUGCCUGAUUAUAAAGAAAAGAUGGAGUUUAGCAUGGAUCGGUUCUUCACCAAAAUGCCUACCAACUCUCCCAUCCAGCGCGGAUCAUGGGGUCUCGAAGUCGGACAACCGCUAUUCAUUCCCUCAGAAGACCCAGAGUUCAAGGUCAGAGAGUCCCAGAAACCAUCAUUGAGCGAAGAAGAAGUACACCUGCGAGUAGACUGGCAGACGUUACGCAGACUGCCACUCUCUGGCGCCAUCGUGUUCAACUUCAAGGCUCUCUUCACGCCCCUUACCGAAUUUAGAGACGAGCCUUACAUUCCAUCUCUUGUUCUAAAGGUGCUAAAUGAAGGAAAGGAGAACAUUAUGCGGUACAAGGGUACGUGGCACGUGGAACAUGUGGCAAAACCUGCAUUGGGGAAGUGGGAGAUCGAGCAGAUGCACAAGGGGAUGAUCCCCGCUGAUUGGGAGCCGACUACACUGGAUGAGAGUCCUUUCUUCCCGGGAUGGGAGAGGAAGUGGAUUGUUACUUGA